GUGAGAUCGGAGAGGGCUCGAGCCCGCUCGGGCCGGGCUCGGCUCCUCUCAGUCCCCGGCUACGGCCGCCUCGGGCGGGCUCGGAUGGAGGACUCGGACUCGGCGGCGAAGCAGCUGGGCUUGGCCGAGGCGGCGGCGGUAGCUGCGGCGGCGGUGGCCGCAGCGGUGGCCGCGGAAGGAUCCGAACACCAGCGGGCGGAGGCGGCGGGCUUAGAGGCGGAGCCCGAGGAGGAGGAGGCAGCGGCGCAAAUGACGGCAGUGACCGUGAUGGCGGCGGAUGCCGAACACAUCGAGAUGGGAGCCGAGUCCCUGCCGAGCGCCGACGAGGCCGCCGCCUUCGCAGAAGUGACAACAGUAACGGUAGCCAAUGUGGGUGCCUCUGCAGACAAUGUCUUCACCACAUCGGUGGCAAAUGCUGCAUCUAUAUCUGGACAUGUGCUGUCUGGCAGAACAGCUCUUCAAAUUGGGGACAGCUUGAAUACAGAAAAAGCCACUCUGAUAGUGGUUCACACAGAUGGCAGCAUUGUAGAAACUACAGGGCUGAAGGGGCCAUCUGCACCUCUCACACCAGGUUCUCAGUCUCCUCCCACUCCCUUAACACCUGGUCAAGAAAAAAAUGGCACAAAGUAUAACUGGGACCCAUCAGUGUAUGACAGUGAACUCCCUGUGCGAUGCCGGAAUAUCAGCGGAAUCCUGUAUAAGAACAGGCUUGGUUCAGGAGGCCGGGGCCGAUGUAUUAAGCAAGGGGAGAACUGGUACAGCCCCACUGAGUUUGAAGCCAUGGCAGGAAGAGCCAGCAGCAAAGAUUGGAAAAGAAGCAUCCGCUAUGCAGGGAGGCCACUGCAGUGCCUUAUUCAUGAUGGGAUUUUAAAUCCUCAUGCUGCCUCAUGCACUUGUGCUGCCUGCUGUGAUGACAUGACCUUGAGUGGCCCAGUACGACUGUUUGUCCCUUAUAAAAGGCGAAAAAAAGAAAACGAAUUGCCUACAACUCCAGUGAAAAAGGACUCUCCCAAAAACAUCACCCUGCUUCCUGCUACAGCUGCUACCACUUUCACCGUGACUCCUUCAGGACAGAUUACUACUUCUGGUGCUCUGACCUUCGAUCGUGCAUCAACUGUGGAGGCCACAGCUAUCAUCUCAGAAAGUCCAUCCCAGGGUGAUGUAUUCGCUGGCGCCACUGUUCAAGAUACUACUGUCCAGCAACCAUGCCGUGUCAGUCAUCCAGAACCUCACUAUCCAAGUUAUCAGGACAAUUGUCAGAUUUCACCUUUUCCAGAAGCUGCACUGCCAACUUCCCAUCCCAAAAUAGUGUUGACGUCCCUUCCUGCCCUGGCUGUGCCACCCACUACCCCCACCAAAGCCAUAUCCCCCUCAGUAGUGAAUGGACUAGAGAUGACAGAGCAACGGAGCUGGCUUUACCUGGAGGAGAUGGUCAACUCCUUACUGAACACAGCCCAGCAACUGAAGACCCUGAUUGAACAGGCUAAACAGGCCAGCUCCUCCUUCCGGGAGGCUGCUGUUACUCAAGCGAAAAUCCAAGCCGAUGUGGAGAGGAAAGAGUUUAUGCCCUGUCUUCCCUCAGGGCUCCCAGAUGAAGAAGGCUGGUUGGGGCUCUCAUUAGGAGGCCAUUGAUGCUACGCACACUUUAUAUAAAGGCAUCUCUGAUGGCAAUUCAGACAGCUACUCUCCUACCAGGGCCGCGUUUACUCACUUCACUAUGCUGCUCCUAUUCUCUGCUGGCACAGGAAGUGAGGAAUCAAAUCCAGCUGCUGCACAGCAGUUCAGAGCACUAAUUUACAGGGCAACUACUGUGCACCUGUGUGAGAGUGUAACUUUUUCUCAGUAACAUACACCCCCAGCUGUACCAUCUCUGGCACUUACAUUCUUAUUUUGUCAUGUGUUGUUGACACUUGUGCUGCUAAGUGGGACUGUAUUCUUUUGAGAAAUUGUUUAGGUGGUGUGGUCAUUUGUAUUGACCCUUAAUAACAAUUUGUAAAACUCUUACUUUUGUGGCUGCACAGAUCCCUUUCCCUAACCAGAAAAAAUACUAAUUUACUUUACUUCUGCAUUACCAGAAAUGUUGACUGUAGUAGCUGUCUCACCUCUGUUCAGGAUCACCACCAGUUUUGUGCAAUCUCUUUGCAGUGUUACAUUUUAAGUAUUUUGAAAUGAAAAGAUCUUUUCAUUAGAUAAGAAAUGCAGAGCAAGCCCAAAUAAGGGAUUAAACCAGAACAGAGCUAUGGAGUCAGAUAUUCCUGGAAUAUGGAUUUGGCACAUAGGAUUAAAGAAAAAAUCUGCUAGAUUGGAAAUCAGGCUGCUUCCAAUGGUUGUUCAGUAACAAGCUUUGCUGCUACAGCUGUUAAUACAAGCUUCACUCUUUGCACAUCUGCAGAACUGUUGCUCAGUUCAGCAACUCGAUUUUUAUAUUGGCAUUUGACACCUUAUAUGUAAUGCUUAGUUUAGCUGACGUGUACAUUCACUGGCAGGAGAAGAAAGCAAAUUGGAAAGCUUGCCCCUGAAUUACCUUUGAGAUAGUCUUUUGGAUAGUGAGAAAUAAUGAAGCCGUGUUGAGAGCCAGUAAUCGUGUAUGACACAUGGAUAUCACUAUUAAAGACUGGCUGAUCCUUAAAUAUUGCAAAUGAACCAUACUGUUUCCAAAUGACCACAAUUUCAUUGGUGUUGCUGAAGGGAAUCAAGCUAUGCCAUGUACAGUAAAGGGGUAUUUGCUUUUCUUGUGUUGAGAUCUGUAGAAUUCAUAACCAUGUGAAAGACAGACUUCCACUUCCAGUCCUCAUGGACUGAGAGAGAGAUUUGUGCUGGGGAUAGGUCUUCAUUUGUUACUUGACCAUUGGCUGAAAAAAUGUGUGCAGUCAAAUUAUUGACAUAGAUCUUCCUUCUGAUAGGCUGUACUGAUGAUGGUUCAUUUGAGUCUCUGG